AUGUCUGUUGAAGAAGUUGCUCAGAAAUUAGAAAACGUUUCCGUUGGUGAAGAACCAAAGACAGUCUUAUCUGAUGCCACCGAAUUCGAAGUCAAACAUCCUUUGAAUACCAAAUGGACUUUAUGGUACACUAAGCCAGCUGUGGACAAGUCUGAAUCUUGGUCUGAUCUUUUAAGACCAGUGACUACUUUCCAAACUGUUGAAGAGUUCUGGGCCAUUUUCCAAAACAUUCCAGAACCACAUGAAUUACCAUUGAAGUCUGACUAUCAUGUUUUCCGUAACGACAUUAGACCAGAAUGGGAAGACGAAUCCAACUCUAAAGGUGGUAAGUGGUCCUAUCAAAUCAAAGCCAAGGGUACUGAAAUUGACGAAUUAUGGUUAAGAACUUUAUUGGCUGUCAUUGGUGAAACUAUUGAUGAAGAAGAUUCCCAAAUCAACGGUGUUGUCUUAAGUAUUAGAAAAGGUGGUAACAAGUUUGCCUUAUGGACCAAGUCUAGCGACAAGGAACCAUUAGCCAAAAUCGGUGCCAGAUUCAAGCAAGUCUUAAAGAUCGAAGACGAUGGUUUACUUGAAUUUUACCCACAUUCUAGCGCAAAUGAUAGAUUUGCUCAACCUUCCAUUGUAUUGUAG